AUGCUCCAACUUCACAAUAAACAUCUUUUGAAAACUGUCGAUGAACUUCUCUUAAACCAGUUUGGAAUAACAAAAUUUAGUAUAUACUAAAACAGUGGAUAGUGUUUUUCGCACGCUCUGAUUGGCUACUGAUUGAAUAUCCUGCAAUAUUCACUGAUUCACCUCCAGUUCCUCCGAGCGAGCGACGCCAAACUCGCGUAAGUUGCGAGCAAAAUGCCUUCCCGGUUUGCUGCCGUAACAAACUAAGACAUUUCACAAGUAAUCAAGCAAGCUAUUUCCGAAAUACAAGAAGGUGACGAAGUUCGGUUUGGAAGUUUUAACAGGUAAAGCUUUGUCUUUAUGACUUGAAUUUAUCGAUAAAACCGGUGAAAAAGUUUUUUGUUUACAAAUGCAAAUUAAGCUUACGUCUUAGUUGACUUGUUGAUAAAUAAGCUUAAAACUUAAAUUUAAUAAUCUUUUUUACAUAAUUAUUUUAAAUACAAAAAGAAUUCACAACUCCUUUUGAAGAAACUUCUCCGCAAGAGCUAAACAAACGCCUUCAAAAGUUUUAUUUGUCGCUAAGAAAAAGCGACGACUGCGGCCGUUCGGUCAUCGCGCGCCAAAAUUGUAAUCGUUGGCAACAGUAAAUGAGUUAAAAAUCAUCAUUUUUGUGCUCAAUUAUCUCACUCUUUUAGUAUAUACUGAAACAAUUAUUCACCUCAGUGUCGGUGGCUAGUAUUGGAUAUUUACCUCGCCGCUUCGCGGCCUCGGUAAAUUUCCAAUACUAGCCACCUCCACUUCGGUGAAUAAUUGUUAUUUAUGGAUGAAGACUCGGACAUCAACUUUUACACCAGCUUCCCAAAUUAUCUCACACUUCUGGCUUGCUACAGUUUCUUAAAUCCAGGGGGAAAUGGUGAGAACAUUGUUUACAUCACC